GCGCCUCAGCGCCGGAGCCGCCGUCGCUCCUGUGGUGGAGGUGGCGGCGGGGGGGGAAGAGGGAGAGCGGCCGCCGGUUUUCGUCCCCCUCGUUUCUUGCCUCGGUCCAGGCAGCGCGUGGAGGGGAAGGGACGAGGUUCAGUUCUUGCCCCUUCGCUUUCCCCUUUGGGACAGCCGCACACGGGGUGGGGGGACUGGGCACCACCAAGCCAGGCUGCUCCUACCUUCCUCCCUCCUCCCUUCCUUCCUCCCCUGCACAUCUCAGCCUCCUCCUCCUCAUCAUCCAUCCGUCCCCGGGGGUGAGCCUUUGCAUGAGCAGCACCGUGGCUAGCCCGAUGUCAACGAUCGCCUCUUCGAGCACUGGAAGAAAAUCAACAAGCUUUACGCCUGAAUUGCAAAGUAUGAUGUUUUCCUUAGGAGAUGCUCGCAGGCCGCUCCAUGAAAGUGCAGUGCUGGUGGAAGACAUCGUCCACACUCAGCUGAUAAAUCUGUUGCAGCAAGCAGCUGAAGUUUCUCAGCUGAGAGGAGCUCGAGUCAUCUCUGCGGAAGAUCUCCUGUUCUUAAUGCGCAAAGAUAAGAAGAAGCUUAGGAGGCUACUUAAAUACAUGUUUUUUCGAGACUACAAAUCUAAAAUUGUCAAAGGAAUAGAAGAAGAUGACCUCCUUGAAGACAAAUUCAACAGUAAUAACACUAACAAACGCCAGAAGCUUGCUCAAGACUUUCUCAACUCCAUUGAUCAGACUGGAGAGCUCUUAGCCAUGUUUGAAGAUGACGAGAUUGAUGAUGUCAAGCAAGAGCGGAUGGAGAGAGCAGAAAGACAAACACGAAUGAUGGACUCGGUCCAGUACGCAGAAUUUUGUGAAAGUCGGCAGCUGAGUUUUUCAAAGAAAGCAUCCAAGUUUCGUGACUGGUUGGACUGUAGCAGUAUGGAAAUAAAACCAAAUGCAGUGGCAAUGGAGAUUUUGGCGUAUUUAGCCUAUGAGACUGUGGCACAGUUGGUGGACUUGGCCCUUUUGGUGAAGCAGGACAUGGCUCCCAAAGCUGGUGACCCAUUCAGUCAUGCCAUAUCUGCCACCUUCAUACAGUAUCACAACUCUACUGAGCCACAUCUCUUAGGGCAAUCUACAGGCGUGAAGACCAGUCUUGACUCUCCUGAAAACACACCACCUCCUACACCAACACCCCCCGCGUCCGCAGGGCAGCAACAUCUGGGGAAAACACCAUCAGGAGCCCUGGGGAAUGGUGGCAUUGGACAGGACUCUACCAAAUCCAAACAAAGGAAAAGAAAAAAGAGCACUGCAGCCUGUGGUAUAGAGGCUCAAAGCGAUGCCAUCCAGCCGAGCCACAUCAGAGAGGCCAUUCGACGCUACGGCCACAAGAUUGGCCCCCUUUCCCCAUUCACAAGUGCCUACCGCAGAAACGGGAUGACUUUUCUCGCCUGCUAGUAUGGCUGGGGCUGCAGCAACAGGAAAGACAGUGUUAUAUUAAGGUGAUUUUCUUUUCCCCCUCCAUGGAAAGAAAAAAAAUACCAGCUCCGAUGUCUCCGUGUACCAGUGAGUGGGCUGGUUUGUUGUGACUAUCUGCUGGCUGACUCUGUCUCUUUUUCCAGCCCCCUCAAUCGUUAUUCUUGUUUACUAGCUGGAACAUUUAGCUAAUUAAUGGCAGGAUGUUUGGGAUAGGGUGUAGGUGGACAAGAAUGUGGAUCAGACAAUGCUGAAGUUUGCAGGGGACUUGCUGCUGUCAGCUUCUUUCUGAAAUGAUGUGUCGUUUUUUCAUUCAAGCGUUUGGAAGGCUGUGUGUUCUCCCAGAGAUGUUGUUCUGUAAAGCAGGAUGGGGCAGGAAGGGGCCAGAGAUAGACCAGGUUACGUAGGUUUAUUUAGGUUAUGUAAAGGUUUUAUCGGCUUUCCUUGUCAUUUUUACAAAAAGGCAAACUGAUUUCCACUAUUUUCCGCUGAUCUCUCGCAACUCAUUUUUAAGCGUUCAGGCAGGGCCACCCAGUUUAAUCCAGGAAGGGGCUUUUUGAUGAGGGUAACCUCGCGAGUUCAGAUCCAAAGAUAUUCAGAACACGGUUCAGGUACACUGUGCUUCAGCAGCUGGAGCCCUGUCUUUUUGCAGACCCAAGGACAGGCUAAGUGGUCAGCCCCAAAUUCUCAAUAUUUACAUCUCCUAAGGCUUGAGCCACCGCUCUCUGAAAUCACGGAAAGCCCGUGCACUGAUUUGGUACUGGAUUGGGCCCCUAUUCAGAAAAAUACGUCCUAAAGUAGUUAAAUAACUGAGUCUCUCUCAGUGGUUCUAGGCAAAGGCUUAACGUUCUGUACUUUCUCAGCGUCUGCUGCACGGAGCAGAUGUUGUCUCUGGUGUUGACAAAGGCAGCGUUACUGUUGGAUUUGGUUAAAGAAGAAAUGGGCUCUUUUUGGCCUUUUUUUUUCUUUAAUAUUUUAGUUCGCGUUGUUUGUUUUCAGAUUCAUUUUUUAAAUCUCAGUCCCUCCCUCUACGCUUCUUCCUGUCCCCGGCUCCCCCAGCCUCCGCCGGCUUCGCAAACACAGUCAGUUCUUCCCAUAAAAACUGUACAAAUAUAGAGCAAACCACGAUGAUGCUUGACCAGAGAAAAGGGCUCGUGCUUCGGCCCGUCGUCAGCAUCUACAGGCACGGACUGCUCGUGUCCCUGUGGAACCCCCUGGGUUUGCUUCAACUGCCCUCAGCCCAGGCUUGAAAUCUAAGUUAAACCCUCAAAUUAAGACAGAGCACUCAAGGGAUCGAGAGGAAUCGAGAGGAGAUCAGCAAAAUACUACUUUCAUAUAGAGCAGCCGUCCUCCUUUGUGCUUAGUACGCGAGGUCUUAAUUUUUACUCCCACUGUGUGCUCUUGUGGUCGGUUGUAAGUGGGUUUGUUGCCCUGCUUUCCUGGACCUGCUUGCAAAAAACUUUAAAAAAAAAAAAAUAUAUAUAUAUUUUAAAUAAAGAGAAAAAUGUCUCUUCUCUUUGCAACCAAAAUACUGUAAACGUGAAAACUUUGUACAUCAAAUAUUGCCGCCAUUCAUAAAUUGCUUUUUUCUUUUACCUGCUUACGCUUCUGUUUUCUGGAAUUAAUUGUGUGUAAAGGACUAAAAGUAAUGUGUAUGACGCAGUGUAUUAAACGAGGGAGGGGGGGGAAGUUUUCUGAUGUUCCAUCUGUGCUUCUUGAAAUAUAUGAUUAAACUUUUCUUUUUAUCAUCA